AUGUAUACGGAAUGGGGAUCUUGGAGUUCUUGUAAUCACUGUGGAGACCCAGGUGAACGAGUUAAAAUAGGUUUAUGCUACGCCCGAACCAGACUAGAUGAUUUUAAGGGCGGUGUUCCUUGUCGUUCUAAUGCCGUGCCAUACAAAGAGAGAUCUAAAUACGGAUACAAUAAACGAAAAGAUGAGAAAAUAAUCGAAUCAUGCCAAGUAAAAUGUCCUCCCAAACCGAAGGAGACUGGUGCCAAAGCAGUCGUGAAGACAUUCGCAUUGUCCGCUGGUAUUCCAACACUACCCAAACUAAUAAAACGAAGGGUGUAUUACGAGGACGUCGGUAGCAAUGCUGAACUUGUUUGUCCAGAAGCUGGAGUAACUCAUGGAGUACGUUGGAUGAAUGGUUCUAAAACUCUCAGUCAACUUGACUUUAUAAAGACCAACAGUCGGUUUCGAAUUGACCAUCUAAACAGAUUGUAUAUUGAGAAUGUCCAGUUUUAUGACUCGAGGAACUAUACUUGCUGGUUUGAAAGCAAACAGAUAGCUAUUGUUAUAAUAAAAGUUGUCGAGCCCCCAAGUAUUGAUGAGGACAUGGAAGGGAAUGCUAUGUACGUCUCAAUGAUUCUUGUCUUCAUGGUUGUAUUCUACAUUUUGUUUGGAGUCUGCAAGAAUCGAAAACUUCAAACUAUCCAGUGAAAACCAAGGCUUGGCUGUACACUGAAUCUGUUUUCUUUACGGCAAGAACACGCACAAUAACAAAGAAGAUAAUGAAAGGGAUGGAGCGAAGCGACCAAGCUAACCAUAAAGGCCUUUUAGGAGAGAAGAUAACUGAAAUUGUAG